CAAACAGAAAACAGAUUGCACUGAGCUGUCAAACGGAGAGUUUCUAUCGUGAAGAAAAACUUUUGUUCAGUCAAUCACCAUGGGAAAGUUCCAAAAUCUUGAAUUAAGCGAGGCGCAACGCCGCAUUGAGCAGCUCAAAUACCAACGACGCAUGGAUUUGCGUGCACAGUUUUGGAAAAACAUGACCGAUCCAAACAGACACGGUGCAGGCGAAGGUGGUGUCCUGUUUGAUCCAGCUUUGGCUCGUUUCCAAGCAAUGAGAGUUUCACAUGCAGAGCAUUUCCGACCAACUGGCAAAGCAGCUUUCUGGGGGUUUGCAUUGCUUGUCGGACCAAUGUGCAUCCUAUACAAACUUGUCCGACGAGAGCGUGAUGCAAGGGAAUUGAAAUACCGUAACGGAGAAGUAUCCUAUGCAGAACGCGAAUUCAAAUUCGUCUAAAUCCAAAUCCAAAUGCAUUGUUAACCUUUAUUUUGUCGUUUGUCAACAAUACUACGGCAACCAAUGACAUUUCGAGGCGUAGUUUAUAAAGAAAAUUUAAUAAUACCAACAUAAAAAUCUAAUAAAACAAUUGAUAAAGAAAA